UUGCUAGGCAACUGCACCGACGCCGGAACUGCGUGGCUGUGAGAGAAAGACAUGGCGACCAACAGGGGAGCAGCUGUGUCUGUUCCUCCCCAUCAUAUUUUACGAUAUUUUACAGUAUUUAUCCUUGUUAUUUUUUCUAGUAAAUCGUCGUCGGCUUCAGAGGACGAUGCAUUUCGUGCCGGUCAAUCGAUGUUUUCUCCGGUGGCUGCAGCAUCACGGGAUGUUCGCUACCUCCUGUAUGAUGUGAAUCCCCCCGAAGGCUUCAAUCUCCGACGGGAUGUUUAUAUUCGCAUGGCCACUUUGCUGAAGACGUUGAGGAAAGACGCUGACUGGGUGCUGGUUUUGCCUCCGUGGGGACGCCUGUAUCACUGGCAAAGCCCUGAAAUACAUCAGCUUCGCAUCCCGUGGGGUGAAUUCUUCAGCAUAACCAGCCUGCAGGCUAACAUACCAGUCAUUGAAUACGAAGAGUUUAUUGCUGAGUCUGGGGGUCCCUUCAUUGAUCAGAUCCUUGUGCUGCAGAGCUAUGCAGAAGGCUGGACAGAUGGAAAAUGGGAGGAGAAGGUGGAUGACAGACCAUGCAUUGAAAAGCUGAUGUACUCAAAAGAUAAACAGGGUUAUUACAGAGGUUGGUUUUGGGGUUUCGAGGAGACCAGAGCAUUGAAUGUCACCUGUUUAUCUGCUCAAGGACAUGCGUCUAUUCUGGCCCCUGUCUUACAAAAUAACAUAACAGCCACGUCAGUAAUGGUGGACAGAGCUGAGACUGUCCUUCAUGAUCACUAUGCUGGGAAAGACUACUGGGAUACACGGCGAAGUAUGGUGUUUGCCAAACACUUGCGCAUCAUAGGAGACAAGUUUAGAGCCAAUCAUCUAAACUCCACAGACAAACAAGACCAGACACCGUACAAUGAGGACUGGACUCAAAUGAAAAACAGGCUGGGCAGCGCUAAAGGUGGCCCUUACCUAGGGGUCCAUUUACGGAGGAAGGACUUCAUCUGGGGUCACAGAGAAGAUGUGCCCAGUCUUAAAGGUGCAGUGAAGAAGAUCCGUAGUCUCAUGAAGAAGCACAAACUUCAGCAAGUCUUUGUUGCCACUGAUGCAGAUGAAGAAGAGCUUGCUAAACUAAAACGGCUGCUGCCUGAGAUGGUACGGUUCGAGCCCAGUUUGGAGGAUCUGGAGCUCCUGAAGGAUGGAGGAGUAGCCAUUAUAGACCAGUGGAUCUGUGCUCAUGCCAGGUUUUUCAUUGGGACAUCGGUCUCAACCUUCUCUUUCCGAAUACAUGAAGAAAGAGAAAUCCUAGGUUUCGAUCCUAAAACCACUUAUAAUCGAUUCUGCGGUGAUGUUGAGCAGGAAUGCGAACAACCCACACACUGGAAAAUUGUGUACUGAUCACACAGAUUGGAGAGAAUUCUCGAUAUUUUUUUAAUGUUCUUGAUUGCUAUGAUCAAAAUACAUUAUUUUAUAGGCAGAGCUUAUGUUUCUGAUUGCGAAACCACUGUGGUUGGGUUUUUGUAACAUGAGAAGGAGUGAGAGGUGUAUUUGAAAUGGCUUAUCUUGCGCCAGAUAUAGAAUUUCUGAAUGCCGCUGCUUUAUUUUCACAGUUGUGUGAUUUGGAUUGUUGAUAGUCAAGAUGAACUGUGUAACACUGUGAUCAAACCUGUUUGAAAGUAGUCAUUUUGAUUUUUCCACUCGUAUUCCAGUGCUUUAAGUCUUGCCUUAGGAGGUUCUUGCCAUUACUCUUUGUCUUAUUGUUUUUUAUGCUUUUGCCAAAUCACAGACAGCAUUAGUGUUUAUUUGCCAUCUCUCAGUAUUGUGCCUGUCUGGUGUUUGGAUAAAAAAUGGUGCUUUCAUAGACUUUGGCCAAAGUGUUUUUGUUUUCUCAUACUCUAAUUUAUUCGAUCACCACCGUGUGCUUUUUACUUUCAUAAUUACCAUAAAAGUGUAACUUACAGAGAAAGGCAAUAUUACUAUAAUAAUUAAUUGGCUUUGUUUCAUCAUUUGGCAGUAACUCAUUUCUUUUGUUGUUUUAAAGUGUACAUUUAUGUGUACCAUUACCAGCAACGCAUUCAUUGCUGUGAUUUUUCUAUAAAUGUGUUUUUUAAAUGGAAUUUUAAUGAUCACUUGUGAACACUGAAAGCUUCAGCGUUCUUAUAUGAUUUAAACUUAUCCGUGCCUUGUUCUUGUAGUGUGUUUGCAGUAGUUCAUUUUACUGUAGGUCAGCCAGACAAAUAGAGUAAACCUACUGUAGGUUUUGUUAGGUUUUUUUUUUUUGCAAUCUCUCUCAUGGGGCUUGAAUCUGUUUUGGUAUGAUGCCAAUCUGUUUAAAUCUGUACUGAUCAUUUUACCUCAACAAUGCUCAACAAGUCUUAUUCUCACAGAAA